AAGCCGAUUGGCGGAUGGUUGCACUGUCGGUGUGUUACAGUCACAUCGUGCUUGUCUCUGUUAUCAUCACAUGUGUGCAUAUAUGAUGAAACCGAUAGAGUUUAUGUACGCUUAUGUUUUGUAAAAUAGAUAAACUUGUAAAAAAUGAUACCGCGUGUGCAAUGUUAAUGUUAUUUUGUGUAUACCUUUAAUAAACGUAUCGCACCAAGGCGCUUUACUAAAGCCUGCUUCUGUAAUGCUGUAGUUAAAUUCACAGGAAACAUGUCUACCGUUUUAGCGUCGUUUCACGAACAGCUUCACAAAUGCUUUGAGAUUUUAAAAGUGAAUAAAAGUAUUUGGGAAGGGGUGUUAGUUGAAUGUACUUCUAUGAUGAGCUCUCUCGGGAACCUCGCCACGCAGAUAAAGGCGUUGAAAAACGUGCAGCUUGCAAACACACCUCUGGCCCAUUUCCCUUGUUUACAAGAACGACUUCAUUAUAAACUCUCACUGGCUGUGGAUACAGUUCUGAGAAAGUUAGAUGAGAAAAUGGAUGCUCUUCAGACAGCGAGGAACACCAUCAGUCAACAUGUGUCUGCUGCUUUCCAGUUCUAUGAGAAAAACACACUUGACAUUGUUUGUUGUGUCGCCAGAUCAGCCACGUGUCCCUCCAUCGCAGACAUGUUAGAGUGGCUUCAAGAUGCAGAUCGUCAUUACCGCCUCCAAUUACUGCAGAGAAGAAACUUUCUGCAGAUGCUGACACCCAAUGAUCUUACGUUAAUGGAAACCGCACCAAAGAGAUGGGACUCUUUGCGUUUACCCAGUAGAGAGGAGAGAAUUGGGGAUGCACUGUGUCAAGUAUCCUUCUUAAUGGAAGUGUCUUCCAAAGCUCAGCUUUGAGAUGAUCGGUAGGCUAUCGGCAACAUCUUGUGUAUGAUGUUGUUGUUAGGACCACUGGAGACCUAAAGAGAGACAUUUCAUUACCUGGAUGUACCUGGACAAUGACAAGGACUGUAUAUCAGAUACAAUGUCAGGCACACUGAGAAUUGGUUUUAUGUAAAAUAAUGAAUUAAAAAAAUAUAUUGUAUGAAUCCACGAAAACCACAGUCAGUCUUUUAUUGCUCUGAAAAAUAUAAAAUUUUCUUGUUUUUACUCAAAGAGAUUUUCAUAUGUCCACUUGAUUGGGCUGUAUACGUUUAAGAGAUACUGUGACUGUCCACUGUAGUGACCAGUAUGUGCAAGGGUUUGAGAGUGCGUGUUUAUUCAACGCACACAAAUAAAAUAAGAU